AUGGACUCCUCGACUACUCAAGCUCCUGCUCCGCCCAAUUCGCGGUACAGUACCCAUAUCGUGUUGACCACCUACCCCGGACAAAGCGGCAUCGACCCCGUCCCGCUGGAAUGGGGCGCCCCCGACGCCAAAAGCCGUGGCCCCGUCGUGGUCUCCCGCAGCGGCACUCUGCUGAAGCGACGCAACGCCAUGGGCGCCCACGGCGGCAGCUACAGCAUCUAUAACGCUCUGGCUAUCGCUGCGGGCGACCUGGACUCCGACUUCCGCCCGGACUUCCGCAACAGCGAGCCUACCUUCGACUUCCCGCGCCAAGACGCCUGGGGCGACAAGAAGAAGAUCGUCUCCAUGGAUCCCUGGGGCCAUGAUAUCGUCAACCAGUUCCGCGACGAGCUGGACAAGGGCUGGGACAUCCGGCCCACUAUGGCCGUGACUCGCGCGAAUAUGAAACUUGCGGAGAUCGCCGAGGCCGUGCGCGAUGGCGAUUUAGACGUGGACGGAUCGAUCGUGGUCGAUGGGUCGGGUGAGGUCCGCGUCACGAAGGUCGCCGUCGAGCCGGUGUGGUAUCUGCCAGGCGUGGCGGAGCGGUUUGGCGUCGACGAGCCGACCCUGAGGCGGACGCUGUUUGAACAUACCGGCGGUAGCUAUCCCGAGUUGAUCACGCGACCGGAUCUGAAGGUCUUCCUGCCGCCCAUCGGUGGCCAAACUGUGUAUAUCUUCGGACCACCCGAGCGAGUGUCCGAUGAGAAGGUGAAGCUGGCGCUGCGCAUUCAUGACGAAUGUAAUGGCAGUGACGUGUUCCAGUCUGAUAUCUGCACCUGCCGGCCGUACUUAGCGUUCGGUAUCCGUGAGGCUAUUCGCGAGGCGCAGAGCGGUGGUAGCGGCGUGGUGAUUUAUUUCCGGAAGGAGGGCCGCGCGCUGGGUGAGGUGAUCAAGUACUUGGUGUACAAUGCUCGCAAGCGCGGUGGCGAUACUGCUGAUAAGUACUUCACUCGAACGGAGAACAUCGCCGGCGUCAGAGAUAUGCGCUUCCAAGCUCUCAUGCCCGACAUUCUGCACUGGCUGGGCAUCAAGAAGAUUGACCGCAUGCUGUCCAUGUCGAAUAUGAAACACGACGCCAUCGUGCAGUCUGGAAUCGAGAUCAAGGAGCGUAUACCCAUCCCGGAGGAUAUGAUUCCCAGCGACUCGCGGGUGGAGAUCGACGCGAAGAUCAACGCGGGGUAUUUCACCACCGGCAAGAACUACACGAUGGAGGAGCUGGCCGAUGUGAAAGGACGAGGAUGGGAGAAGUGGGAGGAUGUGACGAUAUCUCCAACCACCAAAAUGGGCUCGCAAUCCGCCUUCCCCCACGUCCCCGCCCCCGGCGUCUGGUGCCCCGCAAUCACCUACUUCGACCACUCCACCGAUGAGAUCGACCUCGUCUCCCAAAAGAAAUACUACUCCUACCUCGCCACCACCAGCCUAACAGGCCUGGUCAUCCUCGGCACAAACUCCGAAGCCUUUCUGCUCACGCGCGAGGAGCGCCGCGCCUGCAUCGCCGCCGCCCGCGAGGCCGUCGGCCCCUCGUACCCCCUCAUGGCCGGUGUCGGCGCCCACUCCACCAAGCAAGUGCUCGAACUGAUCGACGACGCCGCUGCCGCCGGCGCAAACUACGCCCUCGUCCUGCCCCCGGCCUACUUCGGCAAAGCCACCACCAUGCCCGUCGUCAAGCGCUUCUUCAAGGACGUCGCAGCCAAGAGCCCCCUCCCCGUCGUCGUCUACAACUUCCCGGGCGUCUGCAACGGCGUCGACCUCGACUCCGAAACCAUCACCUCUAUCGUCACCGAGAGCGCCGCCUCCCACCCCUCCGGCCGCAGCAACGUCGUCGGCGUCAAACUCACCUGCGCCUCUGUCGGCAAGAUCACCCGUCUCGCAGCCACCUUCCCCCGCGACCAGUUCGCCGUGUACGGCGGACAAUCGGACUUCCUGAUCGCGGGUCUGAGCGUCGGCUCGGCGGGGUGUAUUGCCGCGUUUGCGAACGUGUUCCCCCGCGUCUCGGCGAAGAUAUUUGCGUUGUGGGAGGCCGGGAAGCGAGACGAGGCCAUGGAGUUGCAGCAGAAGGCCGCGUUGGCCGAAUCGCCGUGCAAGAGCGGUAUUGCGGCGACUAAGUAUGCCACGGCGGUGUUCACGGCCCCGAGGGCGGGUAUUGAGGAUGCCGAGCAGAAGUUGAAGCCCAGGACGCCGUAUGAGGAGCCGGCGGCUGCGGCGAAGGAGGGCGUUAAGAGUAUUAUGGGGGGUGUGGCGGUUUUGGAGAAGGGUUUGUAG